AUGAAGGGGAAGAAGCGUGCGUCUGUGGCUAGUCCGGAGCGUAUGGUCGAUGAGAGCGUGGAGGCACGGCGAGUCGCUUUGGUGCAGGAGAGACAGGCGCAGCUUGAGUCUGUUUUCGACAGGCAUGAUACGCUGGUCCGAGAAGCGUUCCACCUGGAGAAGUUCGUGUCGCUCCUCUCCUAUGAUCCUCAGGUUGCAAAAGAGGACAAUUCGAAUGUGUUCCGAGAGUACAAAGCGCAGUAUGAUUUGUUGGACAAGGCCGCGACCGCGUCAGGCUCCUCGAGAAAGACGCGGAGAGCGCACUCGGAGAGGUUCGACUAUCUCACCGGCGCGGCGGGUCCAUCCACUCCCACUUCAACAUCUCCUAUCAAGAGGCAGACCGCUCAAUCGAAGAAAUCGAGAACACCCGCCCCCAAAGGUGAUGACGCGGUAAUCUGGGAUAUUCUGGCAUCUCGUAAGGCUAAAGGCAAAGGCAAAGCAUCUGAUGGCACCCCUUUGUCUUCACCAGCGAAGGGUAAGGGCAGACAAGAUGAAGCCGAGGAGCCCGAGAGUAUCGUGACUGUCUAUCGCCCGUCUAAAAAGAAGACCGGGGAGAAGAGCAUUGUAUCCCCUGCCGUGAAAAGGUCUACGCUGGAUGAAAGCAGUGGUGAUGCUUUCUCGAAACAUCCUCGCAAGCGGCGGAAGACGGAGCCUAUGCUUCCAACUUCUCAGUCGUGGACGGAUGAGAGCACCGUGUCUAGCGCGACUUCAAAUCAAGAUAUGCCGCCUCCAGACACCACAGAAGGAUCCCUGGCGUCGAGUACUGUAGGUUCGAGGACUCUCCGACCUUCUCUAGCCCGUCGCGUAACCCUCAUCGUGCGGAAACCGCCGCCUACGCUAACCAAUCCGCGGCAACGACCCCCGCCUGCACCUCAUGGGAAGUCGUUGUCGUCCUUCCUCACAUCUUACUCGAUGCUGGAGCAAGGUGACGUCGAUUCUGAGAGACUGCAUAGGAUGGCAUCCCGAGACGCGCGACUGUGGUCUAAGUACGAUACGCUUCGCAAGGAAGGUAAGGUGGUAGAUAUGGAUAUAAGGCACCUGGGUGGCGGACGAAUGCAACCUUCCCAUUCCGAUGAUCCAUGGAGUCAUAUCGUCAGCACCAUCAGCCACAGUAGUCGCCGCCGGUAUCCUAGCGGCCAGCAUAUCGCUGGCCAGAUCGCGAGCAGGAUUAGGGCUUAUUGGGAGGGCCAGAGUAUGCGAGACGACAAGGUGCGGGCCCAGGAGGAAAAGCGCCUGCGCGCUCUGGCUAAGGCGACUAUCCGGAUGGUCACUGCCGAGUGGAAGAAGGCUGUAUUUCAUAUUCGCGAGCAAGAGCGACUUCGCCUUGAAGAAGAGGAGAGGCGCCGUGGCCGGGAACAUCUAGACGCCAUUCUUGACCAGUCGGGUCAAAUCCUUGAGGCUCAGCAUGGCGACCUUGCUAGGGAUGUUGACAUGGAUAGAGACGAAAUCGAACAGAGCGACCAGGGCGAGGAGAUGCAAGCUUCGGACUUGGAAGAAGAUAGUGAAGAUGAUCCUGCUGAGGGGGAGGAUGCGUCGCAGCUCGAUACAAGCGCCCUACUUAACACCGAAGCUUGGUCCGUACCCCGCUCGGCAUCCGAGACCACCGCCUCUCAGUCUCCAGACUUCCUCCAAGAUUCUGACGAUGCGCCAGAAGCAUCUACCAUCCUCGUCGAGUCCCCCAUGGCCGUAAAUUUGCCUUUGAAGCCUCCAGACAUGCCUACGUUUGACUACGUUCAAGACCACGUCUCGUAUAUUGAGCGCCAGUUAUUCAAGGAGGCUGAUAAUAUACCACGCCGGGACCACUCACGUUCGCCUGUGCCUCGGAAAGCUGUCCGAUUGGUCGACCAUCGGAAUCCAUCCUCCCAAUCUCCACCACAACCACCAGGAAAUGCGGACGGCUCCGAAGCCAUUUCGAAAGAAGUUAUCAGUGUCCAGCAUGCGGACAUAGCAAUUGAGGAUGCUACUCAACCCGAUGCUAUACAAUCCGAAGCUUCAUCCCAGUCGCCAGACCUAAUUAAGGACAUCUCCCAUGAACUGAAAUGGUCCACGCUCCAGGACGCUGCGCACGAUAAUGUAUUGUCAACACUUGGAGAAGAGACCAAAAUUGCAGAAGAGGACGUAAUCACGACCCAAGAAGUUCUCUCACCGCGCAAUACGGACAGCGGCCUUGCAUUCUCUGAGGUAUUUCAGUCGGAAGUUCCUUCCAAGCCUGAAGCACCUGUAUACGAUUCUGUACCUCCUGGCUCCAUGGAGGAACCCGGUACCGACGAGGAAUAUGGUGACGAAAACAACAGUGAGGAGGAUGCGCGCGUGCCGGCGUAUCUACGUCCUUUUGCUGUCGCGCCCGUGGAUUGGGAUCCUCAAGACAGGAUCAAACCACCCUUACUGUUACGCGGCGUGCUCCGCCCAUACCAACAAGCUGGUUUGGAAUGGCUCGCCAGUCUUCAUACGAGCCAUCUGAAUGGCAUCCUCGCCGACGAGAUGGGCCUGGGGAAGACAAUUCAGACCAUUGCUUUGCUAGCUCACCUUGCUUGCGAUCGCGGCAUAUGGGGACCACAUCUCAUCAUCGUCCCCACCAGUGUUAUAUUGAACUGGGAAAUGGAAUUUAAGAAAUUCUUGCCUGGCUUCAAGGUCCUGAGUUACCACGGGCCGACUAAGCGUCGCAAGGAGCUGCGUCAAGGCUGGAGUAAUAAAUAUCAUUUUAAUGUUUGCAUAACCUCGUACACUCUGGCCAGCAGAGACGCCCAUAUUUUCAAGCGCAAGCCAUGGUAUUACAUGAUACUGGACGAAGCACAUAUGAUCAAGAACUUCAAGUCUCAGAGGUGGAAUAUCCUUCUGAUGUUCCGCUCCUUUCGUCGCCUCUUACUCACUGGUACGCCCUUACAAAAUAAUCUCACUGAGCUUUGGGCACUCCUCCAAUUCCUGAUGUCGGGAACCGAUUUCGCUAAUGUGCGAGAAUUCAGCGAAUGGUUCGCAAAUCCUUUGGAAAAAGCUGUAGAAGCUGGUAAUGCUAUCGAUGAGGAAACACAACAGCGUGUAGCCAAGUUGCACACCGUUUUGCGACCUUACCUCCUUCGGCGCCUCAAACGAGAUGUCGAAAAAGAACUCCCUAGCAAGUAUGAGCAUGUUGUUCUUUGUCCACUGUCCAAACGGCAGCGCUUUCUGUAUGACGAAUUCAUGUCUCGACGACAGACGCGUGAUGACUUACAGUCGGGGGUGUACCAGAAGAUCGCGAACAUCCUAAUGCAACUACGCAAAGUCUGUAAUCAUCCAGACCUGUUCGAGGUGCGAUCGAUCGUUACUUCUUUUGCUAUGCCUCGGUCUGCCAUCAGCGGCUUCGAAGUCAAAGAGCUUCUUCUGCGUCGGCGCCUUCUAGCCGAAGCUGACGAGGAGAAGUUGAACAUGAAUCUUCUGGGCCUUGAGUUCAUACAGCACCAAAACUGCUCUGUGCUGGCGGCACUGGCAACCAGACGACUGGAUGGGACAUCGCGGCUGCCACUAAUCACUGAAUUACCCGGAGAGCCUCCUCCGAAGGAUACUCGUACAAUAGCGGGCUGGAAACGGUACAGGGCGUACCAGCACAGAGCCGCCCAAAUAGGUCGCUGGACGCACAUCGCAUAUCUCAAUCGCCUACGGUGUGCUCCCCUCCCAAUCUAUAGCUCGGAGCUCCUCAAUGUCCUAGGCGGCAUGUAUCUGCCGAUUGUACCUCUGUCCUGUCUAGACCGGCGGAACGUGUUCCCCGAUACACCCAAUCCUGUGAACGCUGCUGUGAAAUCAUACAGGGACCGCUCUGGAGAUAUGACUGGUGUCGUGGAUCGUUUCGCCUUUGUGACGCCAGCCGCGGUUGCCCUCGAUCUACCUCGUAUAACUCUAUCUGGCAGCGAAGAGGCUGUCGAGGCAUUCUCGGGCGACAUCGAAUUCGACGGUUCACUCCACAGAGCCGCGGUGAAGUUGCAGAUUGCGUUCCCAGACCCUGCUCUCCUGCAGUACGAUUGUGGGAAGCUGCAGAAGCUGAGCGAAUUGCUGAAGGAGAGGAAGGCUGGUGGUCACCGUUGUCUGAUCUUCACCCAGAUGACGAGGAUUCUCGACAUCCUGGAGAUUUUCUUGAACCUACAUGGGUACUUGUACCUUCGACUAGAUGGGGCCACGAAAAUCGAGGAUCGUCAGUACAUCACUGAACGCUUCAACGCUGACCCUCGGAUAUUAUGCUUCAUUUCUUCAUCUCGUUCUGGUGGCGUAGGCAUAAACCUUACAGGCGCCGAUACCGUGAUCUUCUACGACAGCGAUUUCAACCCUCAGAUGGACCGCCAAUGUGAAGAUCGUGCUCAUCGCAUAGGCCAGAUCCGAGACGUGCACAUCUUUCGAUUCAUCUCGGAGCACACAGUGGAGGAGGCACUCCUGCGCAAGGCGAACCAGAAGCGUAAUCUGGACGACCUUGUUAUUCAAAAGGGUGAAUUCGACUGGCGGAGGCUGUUUGAAGAGGACGGGAAGGAUGAGACGGCUUUGACGAGGGCAAUGGGUGAGCUCGAGGACGUCGAGGAUCGCAGGGCGGCGCAUGUCGCGGCAAGAGAGGAGAUUGAGAUGACCGGUGCAGACGAGGCGGACUUUGAGACGACGGAUGCCGGUACCAGCACGGGUCCCCCUGCCAAGGCCUCCCCUCUUCACGGUGCUCGCGAGGGAGAGGUGGAAGUGGAAGAAGCAGAGGAGGUAGAGGACGAGGGCACGACCGUGGACUACAUGCUUUCGUUCGUGCGGUUCGAUUAUGACUUCUUCAGAGAUUGGAAGAUAUGA